GCCGCCCGCCGCCCGAGUCGCCGUGGCCGCCGCGGCAGCGCCCUCCCGGCGGUGAGCGCAGCCCAGCGCGCGCGCGCGCCGCGGCCACGGCCGCGCCUCGAGGCGCCCAGAUCUAGGGCCGAGCGGUCCCUUCCUCUUGGCCUUUCCCCGCUGCGGCACCAUGGCGCGGCGGCUGCCGUGUUGGACAGCGCUGCUCCUCCCCUUCCUCCUCGUCGGCGUUGGUCCCUACGCCGCCGCCGAAUCCCUGCCCCACGAUGCGUGCCUGGUGCCUACUAUCGUGGAAUCCGUCCUUGGGACUCCCGGCACGUGCUCGACGCUGGAUCGCCGCCCUGGCGACCCGGUCGGCGUCAUCGAGGGAGAUGAGGUCACGUUGGCAAGGGCAGUUAAUCUUCUUCAUGCAAACAAGGAUGACUAUAUUGCUGUACUUUUCUAUGCGACGUGGUGCCCAUUCUCACAAGAAUGCAAACCAAAUUUUGAGACACUGGCUUCCUUAUUCCCAACUAUUCGACAUUUUGCAUUUGAGGAAUCUGCAAUUAGGCCAAGCAUAAUUUCGAGGUAUGGCAUUCAUGGUUUCCCAACACUCUUUCUCUUGAAUUCAACCAUGAGAGUACGGUAUCAUGGACCAAGGACUGUUAAAUCACUUGCAGCUUUCUACACUGACGUCUCAGGUAUCAAUGCUUCGGUGAAGUCAACUGCAGGGGAGGCCAUGGUACAUCCCUUGGAUGAUAUUGAGCCUAAAAAGGAAGCCGAACAGGAAAAUUGUCCAUUCUGGUGGGCUCGGUCACCAGAGAAAAUACUUCAGCAGGAUACUUAUCUAGCAUUGGCGACAGCAUUUGUUAUUUUGAGAUUGCUGUAUCAUCUUUAUCCAAAGAUAAAUUCCUUUGCUAGAUGGGCAUGGAGGAGGCAUAAUCUGUUUUCAAACUUGAUGGGGGCACAUGAAUAUUUCCUCACCUACCUUGAGCAAGCAAGACAGAAGUUUCAUAGGCUGUACCCUUCAAGUUCAAAGCGAGGAAAUUUGCAGGAGGGGGCAAUGAACGCGACUGCUUGGGCUUCCAAAUCAUUAGCAUCUGUUUCGAUUGGAGAACCAAGUGCUAUUGGAAGGACAAACUCUACAAGUGAGCUAAGAUGAAGUGUAUAACCUUUUUUGUCCACAGGGAUAUAUGUACAGUACAGUAGAGCGAUCAGAAUAUGAACACCCAGUCCCAGAAUCUGUUGUAACGGCUGUAUUACUCUUUGUAUCCUCCUUAGAAUAAAUACAUCCAUGAUUUUCUGUUGUUGUUACAGCCCAAUUCUUUGGAGGAAUAAAGUUUCUGGUGUAUUGAGCAGUGUCU